AUGUACAACAGUCUAAAAGAGGAUGUUGGCAAGCGUAUAGCCCAGGGAAAAUGGUAUGCAGCAACAACUGACCUAUGGACCAGCAGUGGAGGAAGUGGACAUCCAUACAUCAGCUUCACCAUCCACUACCUCACAGAUUGGAAACUUCAAUCAAACUGCCUGGAAACGCAGUUCUUUCCAGAAGACCACACUGCUGACAAUAUCAGGGAAUUUUUUGAAAACAUGUUGCAGGAGUGGGGCAUCAACAAAGAGCGUCUUGUCAGUGUUACAACUGAUAAUGCUACAAACAUGAAAAAGGCAUUCGAGAAUGACACCACCUUCCCCAGUCAGUGGUUUGGGUGUUUUGGCCACAACUUGAAUCUGGCCAUUUCUAAAGCUCUGAAAAAUCAGAGGGUGGACACAGCUGUCCGAAGCUGUAGACAUUUGGUGCAGGGAUUUUCAAGAAGUUGGAAGAGAAGAAGAGAGCUCAGAAAUAAACAAGAGGCCUUAAACAUCCCUCAGAGGUCGCUCAUCCAUGACGUAGUCACUAGAUGGGGAUCGACACAGAAAAUGCUGCAGAGGUUUAUUGAACAACAGCAGGCAGUCUGUGCUGUACUGGCAACUGAGAGAGGGGCAUGGCAUUUGAUGCCAAAGGAUGCAGAUAUUGCAGUCAUUGAGCAAGUCUUGCAAAUCCUUCAACCACUCAGUGCUUUUACUGAUGCUUUGGCUUCAGAGAGCAGAGCCUUAAGUCUGUCAGCCCUGAGGCCGGUGCUAAGUCACAUCAUCUCAGACAUUCUUGAGGUAAAAAAUGAAGACAGUGCCCUCACCAAAGACCUGAAGAGGGUAAUGAAGUCAGAUCUUGAGUCCAGGUACACUGCCGAUGCAAAGAAGGUGAUGGACUUGACAAGCUUUGUUGAUCCCCGGUUUAAGGGAAGCUUUUCUGAUGACCUUGAUGCCACAGUCAACUGCUGCAUUGAGGAAGCCUCAAAACUGGAAGAGAUGACAACACUGAGUGAGGGAGCUGCCCAGACAGAGCAAAGCAGCACAACUCCCACCCCCCACCUCCCACCCCCUCCUGAAAAACAGCAACAAAGCUUGGCCACCCUGCUCAACAAAAUCACCUCCACAAGGCAGCAGAGAGCAGAGGAGCAGGAGGGUGAAGGCAACAUUAAGUCAAAGAUUGAAGCUGAGAUAAAAGUGUAUGUUUCUGUGGCACUAAUAAAAUCAGAGGCAGAUCCAUUGCAGUGGUGGAGUUUGCAUGCUGAAGAACUACCUCAUCUUGCUACCGUGGCUGAGAAGUUUCUCUGCAUUCCUGCAACAAGUGUUCCUUCAGAGAGGGUAUUUAGUGCCAGUGGACACAUCCUCUCACCUCAGCGUUCAAAGCUCAAGCCAGAAAAAGUGAACAUGCUCACAUUUUUGCACUUCAAUCUGGAGGACUAA